ACGUCAAAAUAACAGGGCAAUAUUCAUCCACGUGUAACAACAAAACACAACACACACACAUCAUUCUUUCAUGGAAGAAAAAUAAAGAAAAAAAAAAAUCUUCCUUUGCUUUUAACAACAAACAAUAAUAAAAUUCCUAUAUAAACGUUUAACGUUUCUCCGACUCACAAAUCUUCUUUCCCCAAUAGCCACCAGAGAAAAAGAGAGAGAAAGAGAGAUAGAGAAAAUGUGUAGAGGCGUAAAUGAAGAAGAGAGCAGAAGCGGCGAAGGAGGUUGCCGGAGUCUCUGCACGAGACCAAGUGUUCCGGUUAGGUGCGAGCUCUGUGGCGGCGACGCCUCCGUGUUUUGCGAGGCGGACUCGGCGUUUCUCUGUAGGAAAUGCGACCGGUGGGUACACGGAGCUAAUUUUCUAGCUUGGAGACACGUGAGGCGCGUGCUCUGCACCGCUUGUCAGAAACUCACGCGCCGGUGCCUUGUCGGAGACAACUACCACGUUUUUUUACCGUCGGUAACAGCAGGAGAAGCCACUGUGGAGGAUAUAACGAUUCGGAGUGGUGAACAAGAUAGUUCUAGCAAUCAAGAGGUUCCGUUUGUUUUUCUUUGAUUUGUAGUUAUUUUUUUUUCGGUGUAAGAUAUAAAUAGGGUUUUUAUGCAUUUUUCUAUCAAACAAAAAAAUCUGGGAAAAUUAAUUUAUGUAGCUCGUAAUUUUAAGAAAUGGGUAUUGACUAAAAAUAGCAAAACGUUUCU